GAACGUUCCACUCCAGAGUCUUGGCCUCUAGGAGGCAGGGACAGCAGGCCCGGCCGGCCCAGAGGACUUUCUGUCCACAGUGUAAAUGAGGACGCCGCUGGCCCAUGUCCCGCAGGGAUGUAGAGGGCAGCCUCAGAGGCACUGGGCGCUCCCGGCACCAUGGAUGACGCUGCCGUCCUCAAGCAACGAGGCUACAUCAUGGGGAUAAAUUUGGGAGAGGGCUCGUAUGCAAAAGUCAAAUCCGCUUACUCUGAGCGCCUGAAGUUCAACGUGGCGGUCAAGAUCAUCGACCGCAAGAAAGCCCCCAAGGACUUCUUGGAGAAAUUUCUUCCCCGGGAAAUUGAGAUUCUGGCCAUGCUAAACCACCGCUCCAUUGUCAAGACCUAUGAGAUCUUCGAGACAUCAGAUGGCAAGGUCUACAUCGUCAUGGAGCUCGGGGUACAGGGCGACCUGCUCGAGUUCAUCAAAACCCGGGGAGCCCUGCACGAGGAUGAUGCUCGCAGGAAGUUCCAUCAGCUGUCCUCGGCCAUCAAGUACUGCCAUGACCUGGACAUCGUCCACCGAGAUCUCAAGUGCGAGAACCUCCUCCUUGACAAGGACUUCAACAUCAAGCUGUCCGACUUCGGCUUCUCCAAGCGCUGCCUGCGAGAUGACAGCGGCCGACUGACUCUGAGCAAGACCUUCUGCGGGUCGGCGGCGUACGCGGCCCCCGAGGUGCUGCAGGGCAUCCCCUACCAGCCCAAGGUGUAUGACAUCUGGAGCCUGGGCGUGAUCCUCUACAUCAUGGUCUGUGGCUCCAUGCCCUACGACGACUCCAAUAUCAAGAAGAUGCUGCGCAUCCAGAAGGAGCACCGCGUCAACUUCCCCCUCUCCAAGCACCUGACGGGCGAGUGCAAGGACCUCAUCUACCGCAUGCUACAGCCCGACGUCAACCGGCGGCUGCACAUCGACGAGAUCCUCAGCCACUGCUGGGUGCAGCCCAAGACACGGGGCCUGUCCUCUGCAGCCAUCAACAAGGAGGGGGAGUGCUCCCGGGGUGCUGAGCCCUCGUGGACCCCUGAGACCCCCGACAGAAAGUCUGCCACUAAGGUGGAGCCCCGAGAGGAGGCACGGCCCGAGACAGAGCCCGAGACAAAACCCAAGGAGGAGGAGAUGUUGCCAGUGCAGGGGUCGAGGCAGUCGGACACCACAGGCCUUAAUGGAGAGCCACUGAGCAAGGAGACAGAGGAAGAGGCCCUCCCAAAGCCUUCGGAGACACACACCUCAUGAGCCUCUCUUGGCCCAGGGGGCCGGCAGAGAACGAAGCAGAGCUCAUGGCUUUGAGCCCGAGCUCCAAAGAAGCCAAGGGACAAGCCAAAGAAGGAAGACUGUCCUGGAUGAGCCACUAUUUUCGUCAGUUUCUCCUCCCUCCCCUUGAACUUGGUAACCCACAUGGCUAAAGAAGCAAUAAAAUCACUAUAUUAGUGCAGA